AUACUCGAUAUUUUUAGGUUACACAUCACCCGGAAGACAUAGAUAUCCCCUUGACGGUUGUGGUCUGGGGGCUCACUUCUUAUUUAUGAUAUGUAUACCUUCUGAUUGGCUGGUGAAAGCAUAUUGCAAGUUAAUUAAAAGCCAGAUUUUUUAAAAUUAUCAGUUAUAAAAUAAAAUAAAACUAUGAUAAAGCAUAGAAUAGAUUUAAUUAUUUUAUAAAGUAUGUAACCAUGAUAGAAAAGUAGAUCGAUGUGUUUGUAAAAUGCACAUAAUUUUUGUGCAUAGGUGCGAUAAUAGAUGAGGUGUCAAUGUUUCGAUACCUGAAGCAUAGCAAUGUGUUUUUCAUUGAUCUGAUUAAGUGUAUAGAAUUGUAAUACAUACAAAGAAUGAAGCUAGUAAUAUUAAAAACCCGAGGAUUACCUUCAUCCAUUUGUGACCAGUGAACCACAUGGAUCAUACAGAAAAAGACGACAGACCCAAAGUUCAUAGGUUUAUCACUACAGUAUGCCAAGAGGAAUAUUAGAAGAGUGUACCUAGCGAUUCAAUGCACUCAUAUAACAUUUAGGGAGUUCAUUCCGACUAAAGAACAUGAAAUUGUAAAAAAAUAAGGAUAUAAGUUUGGCGGAAACAAUAAGUGUAUGUUUGAUGCUCAAAGAGUUACAACUACAUUUAGGCAAGAAACCUAGAGUUCGGUACAUAGAUAUCUGGCAUUUCGAAGUCCCCCGCGAUGCGCCAUCCAUUCGGAUCCACGCUGUGUAGUUCCUGGCAAAACGUUCACGGGGCGCAGCACCAGAUACAGAUGCAGUCGCCCACUAUGUUGCCCUUAGUGCUGUUUUUUUUUGCGCAGAUUAUAACGGGUAAACAGCCGUCCAAUAGGGCAGCACAGCAUGCACAAACAAUGCGGGCAUAUCGCACAUUUUUGGUUCAGUGA